AUGAGCACCGUGUCUCUCCCUGCCCUGUCCCGAGUGGCUGUGUGCGGGGGCACCCAUGGCAACGAGCUGUCGGGAGUGUACCUGGUCCGGGAGCACCUGAGGAAAAGGAAGCAGCCGAAGGACAUCAGUCCAACGACUGUCGUGAUGGUGAUGGGAAACCCCCGCGCCGUCCAGCAGAAUCGUCGUUACACCGAAAGCGACCUCAACCGCUGCUUCACUCAAGCCUGCCUCGAUGCUCACGUUGAAGAGAAGACGCCAUAUGAGAUAGUGCGCUCCAAGGAGCUCAACGCUCUGCUGGGUCCUAAAGGAAGCCCUCAGGCGACGGACCUGGUGUGUGACCUGCACAACACCACGGCCAACAUGGGCCUGUGCUGCAUCGCCUUCUCCGACUGCGAUUGGAUAUGCCUGCACAUCUACAGACACCUCCAGAGAGAGAUGGCCACAAUACCUGUGCGAUAUAUAAACUUCAACAAGUCAAUUAAUGAAGCCUACUCUUUGGACACCGUGGGGAAACAUGGCUUUGCGAUGGAGAUUGGCCCACAGCCGCACGGUUCCAUCCGGUCCAACAUCUAUGUUGCCAUGCAGGAGGGGGUCGAACUCAUGUUGGAAUGGAUCCACCUCUUCAACUCUGGGACCCAGUUUGAGGGUGGGUCGGUGGAAGUAUUUACCUUGGUGAAGAACAUCGACUAUCCGCGAGACCCAGACACUAAGACUAUCACAGCAGCCAUUCACCCAGAACUGCAGGAUCGUGACUUCUGCCUCCUCCACCCUGGCGACCCCCUGUUCCUCACCUUCUCCGGCGAGACGCUUCGCUACAAAGGCAAAGAGGCGCUCUACCCGUUUUUCGUGAAUGAGUGCGCCUACUACGAGAAGGGCAUCGCUCUCUCUCUGGCUCGCCGAAGCAGAGUCGUCAUUCCCUCCAUCCAGUGUGACAGAGAGCGAUAG